CCAAGACUUUGACCACGAGAACAGGUAGCAUUCGAAUGUUUAACUCAAAUACUCAACAACCAAAAGCCAAGCAGCAAUUGUAGAACAGAUACCUACCAAACUCCAUUAACAGAGAAGAAACUUAAGCUCUUGUCACCCUCAGAAACAAAGAAAAAGAAAGUAACAGAGUUUUUGAGGGUUGAUCACUUUUCUCUACCAUGUCUGAUAUUGCCCAAGAAGCAUGGAGAAAAUAUCUUAUUCAACUUCAAGCUCACCCUCUUAGAACCAAGGCAAUUACAGCUGGGGUUUUAGCUGGAUGCAGUGACUUGAUAGCUCAAAAGAUUUCUGGGGUCAGAAGGCUUCAGUUGAGAAGAUUGCUUCUAAUCAUGCUCUAUGGCUUUGCAUAUUCAGGACCAUUUGGACACUUCCUUCACAAACUGAUGGAUGCCAUUUUCAGGGGAAAGAAAGGCAGUAAAACUGUAGCAAAGAAGGUGUUGUUGGAGCAAUUGACUUCUUCUCCUUGGAACAACUUUUUCUUCAUGAUGUAUUAUGGAUUGGUGGUUGAAGGAAGACCAUCGGGUUUGGUCAGAAGUAAAGUUAGAAAGGAUUACCCUACUGUUCAGUUGACUGCUUGGAAGUUUUGGCCUAUAGUUGGCUGGAUAAACUACCAGUAUAUGCCCCAGCAGUUUCGAGUUUUGUUUCACAGUUUUGUUGUCUCCUGCUGGGCCAUCUUCCUCAAUCUGAAAGCAAGAUCUAUUGCAAUCAAGGCGGCGUAGUAGAAUGUCGGAGACUCGAUUUCUCUUACACAACUUACUUAUCUAUCAGUAAAACUGUCUUGUUUGGGGGAAUGCUUAGGAUUAUUUCCCAUUGGUUAUGAUUGGUUUGCAAUAUUUUAGUGUUAAGCUUUUCUAAAAUGGUUGGAUUCUAAAGUAGGUUUGAUUAUGUGGUUGUUGUAGACUAUUUGGUAUGGUAAUUAUAAGAUGAUACAGUGUUCAG